GUCAGAAGAUUCUUCACCACAGAAGUGAUGUCUUAGAAACUGUAGUCCUCAUCAAUCCCUCAGAUGAAGCAGUUAGUACUGAGGUUCGCUUAAUGAUCACAGAUGCUGCAAGGCACAAGCUCCUUGUUCUAACUGGACAAUGCUUUGAAAACACAGGAGAACUCAUUCUUCAGUCAGGAUCCUUCUCCUUCCAGAACUUCAUUGAGAUCUUCACAGAUCAAGAGAUUGGCGAAUUAUUGAGCACCACACACCCUGCCAACAAAGCCAGCCUGACUCUUUUCUGCCCUGAGGAAGGGGAUUGGAAAAAUUCUAACCUUGACAGACACAACCUUCAAGACUUCAUUAACAUUAAACUCAACUCAGCUUCUAUAUUGCCUGAAAUGGAAGGACUCUCUGAAUUCACAGAGUAUCUGUCAGAAUCAGUAGAAGUGCCAUCACCUUUUGACAUUUUGGAACCACCAACCUCAGGAGGUUUCUUGAAACUCUCCAAACCCUGCUGUUACAUUUUCCCAGGGGGAAGAGGGGACUCUGCAUUGUUCGCAGUGAAUGGAUUCAAUAUGCUUAUCAAUGGAGGGUCUGAAAGAAAAUCUUGUUUUUGGAAACUUAUCCGGCAUUUGGACAGAGUAGAUUCCAUUCUGCUCACUCACAUUGGAGAUGACAAUCUGCCAGGAAUCAAUAGCAUGCUUCAACGAAAGAUAGCUGAACUAGAAGAAGAACAGUCCCAAGGGUCUACUACCAACAGUGACUGGAUGAAAAAUCUGAUCUCACCUGAUUUAGGAGUUGUAUUCCUUAAUGUACCUGAGAACCUGAAGAACCUGGAUCCGAAUUUUAGAGUAAAAAGAAGUGUAGAAGAAGCCUGUUUUACUCUCCAGUAUUUAAAUAAAUUGUCUAUGAAACCAGAACCUCUUUUCAGAAAUACAGGAAAUACCAUUGACCCCAUUAUUCUAUUCCAGAAAAUGGGAGUUGGCAAACUUGAGAUGUAUGUGCUUAAUCCUGUCAAAAAUAGCAAAGAGAUGCAAUAUUUUAUGCAGCAGUGGAGUGGUACUAACCAAGAUAAAGCUGAAUUCCUGCUACCAAAUGGCCAAGAACUAGACAUUCCAUUAUCCUAUUUCACCUCCGUCUCAUCUCUCAUUGUGUGGCAUCCAGCUAAUCCUGCAGAAAAAAUAAUCCGAGUUCUGUUUCCUGGGAACAGCACCCAAUAUAAUAUUCUAGAAGGACUAGAAAAGCUCAAGCAUUUAGACUUCCUUAAACAACCAAUGGUAACACAAAAAGACCUAACCGGGAAUAUUGCCAGUUCAGCUGUGAAGCAAGCAAAAUUGAAACAACGAACAGACAGUAAGGAGAGUCUCAAGCCUGCUGCAAAGACACUACCAAGUAACCUGUCAGAAAGGAAUCUAAGGAAGAAACACCAGAGCCUGUGAAGCCUAGUUCAGUCAGAAAAGCCUCAGAAGCUGGAAAGCAAAGAAAAAGUUCCAGUUAAAAAAGAAAAACCAGCAAAAGCAGAGACCAAACCUGUAUUUGUGGGAAAAGACAUAGGCAGUAAAGAAGAACAAUUAGUAAAAUAUGAUGCUUCUGAAAAACUAAGUACAGAUGUCAAACCAAAAGUAUCAAAGGAGAAGACAGCAAAAAAGGAAGUUAAAGCAAAACCUGAAGAAAAGAAAGAGGAAAAAGAAAAACCAAAGAAGGAGGUUUCCAAAAGAGAGGAGAAAACACUCAUCAAAAAAGAAGAAAAACCAAAAAAAGAAGAGAUCAAGAAAGAUGUUAAAAAAGAGGUGAAAAAGGAAGAGAAGAAGGAAAUUAAGAAGGAAAUAAAGAAAGAAACUUCAUCAAAAGAAGCUAAAAAAGAAAGUAAAAAGGAAGAGAAGAAGGAAAUCAAGAAGGAAGACAAAGAAGCCAAAAAGGACAUCAAAAAGGUUCCUAAAGAAACAAAGAAGACAGCUAUUCCUUCAACUGAAGCCAAAAAGCCAGCAGCAAAGCCUAAACCACAAAAGAAGGAGGAACCU